AUGCAGACGCCUAACAUUGAAUCAUGUCUGUUUCCACGAUUGAAAACACAGUCGGAAAUUUCACAUUCGGCGCCGGUGGUGUAUAGGAGCGAGUUCGAGUGUCAUCGAAGUACCUCAGAAAGCACUUUAUUCGACUAUUUGAUGAGUGCCUGGUCUAUUGUACUGGCCAGAUACACCGAUACCGAAACCGCCCAGUUUGGGGUUAUUCCAGAAUCCAUCGCAAAAAAAGAAGCAACUCUUGAAGAAUGGGGUGCUCUCAUAGACCUGGACCCAACACGAAGCAUUCAGAAGACUGUUGCUCUCAGCAAAACUCGCGAAUGGCAUACAAAUACGUCCGGGUACCGAGGGCGGUUCAACACCUGUAUUGCACGGGGAUGCCAAUCGAGUUGGAUUGAUGAAUGGUUAACAACUCCUGGUGUUCCCAUUGACUUAGUUAUCCAAGUCGAAACAGCAGACACAACACGUAUAUGCUUGUUUGCCAUUUCAACGCUUCUGGAUAAAGAUUUCACACCACUUCUAAGCUCAGCGCUUCAACAUGUAUUUUUAUAUAUGUCGGAGAGUCCAAAUGACCUGGCAAAAUACUUUGACAUAACACCGGAUAAGCACCGCAGGCAGAUACAGGAUUGGAACGAACCAAUUCGGAAAGAGCCUAUAGACGAAUGUAUCCACCAUAUGAUCUAUAGACAAUGUGCGAAGCAGCCAAACGAAGAAGCGAUUUGUUCAUGGGACGGAUCUCUGACAUAUUCUGCGUUGGAUCAUUUUUCAUCCAAUAUCAUGGACAUCUUAUAUUACCAAGGAAUUGUUCCCGAAACAAUCAUACCGCUCCUUUUUGAAAAAAGCAAAUGGACUGCUGUUGCCAUGGUAGGAGUUUUGAAGGCUGGCGCAGCCUUUGUACUGCUCGACCCGACACAUCCUAUUGAACGACUGCAAAAUAUUUGUCAAAACAUCCGAGCUAAAGUGAUUCUUACUUCUAAAAAGUACGCUGAGACAAGCUCUAGCCUGGCGGAUAUUGUGAUACAACUGCCCAAUUUCUUCGCCCCUAGCCAACCAGAAGGCUGCCUACCAGUCAAGUUCGCCGUUACCUCAAAGAAUGCGGCAUAUGUUUCAUUCACUUCGGGAUCAACCGGAAAGCCCAAAGGCGUCGUUAUCGAGCAUGCUUCGAUAUGCACAAAUGCCUUGGUCAGUUCGGACGCACAAAACCUUAGGGCCUCAUCCCGUGUACUUCAAUUUGCGUCCUAUGCAUUCGACGUGAGCAUUCAUGAGACUUUGGUUCCUCUUAUGCUUGGAGGUUGCGUGUGUAUACCAUCCGAUGUGCAGCGUGUCAAUUUUCUUCAAGAGGCAAUUAUAGAGUUGCGCGUCAAUUGGAUGGAGCUCACGCCUUCAGUGGCGCGACUGCUAAAGCCAGAAGAAAUACCGGCUGUGAAGACACUAGUUGUUGGAGGUGAAUCCAUUUCACCUGCAGAGCUGGUACGUUGGGCCUCAAGCGUAUGGCUGGCCAUUGCAUAUGGCCCGGCCGAGUGCACUGUAGUUUCAACGGUACAAACCCAAGUUCCCCAGGAUGGAGACCCGUUUAAUAUUGGCCGUGGCUACGGUGGAACUACCUGGGUGGUAGAACCAGAAGACCAUGACAGGUUAGUGCCAAUAGGAGCUGUUGGCGAGCUUGUGAUAGGAGGGCCUAUUGUUGGGAGGGAGUAUCUGCGGUUACCACAGCAAACGGCGGCGGUGUUUAUCACAAACCCUCCUUGGAGCGCUGGUACUUUCGCUUGCAACAGUUCGCGCUUUUACAAGACUGGAGAUUUGGUAAGGCAACAGGCUAAUGGCACUUUGGUGUAUUUGGGCCGGAAAGACACACAAGUGAAACUUCGAGGGCAGCGAAUCGAGUUGGGUGAAAUUGAGCAUCAUGCUGAGGCACUGUUCCCGGGGGCCGCCAUUGCAGUUGAGAUGGGAAACCUUCAUCAUGGAGCUGCGGCCCUGGUCUUAUUCGUUGAAUGGGACCCAUUCAAAAGUAAUGAUUGUGAUAAGUGCCGCGUUUCACUCUGCAGGCCAAAUCAAGAAUUUGCUAUUAGUGCCCGGAACGCAAAAACAAAGCUUGAGUCUGUUUUUCCUCGAUAUAUGCUACCCGAACUGUUGAUUCCGCUGUGCAAAAUGCCGUUGUCUCCAACAGCCAAAGUUGACAGAAAAGCUUUACGUGCCAUGAUCCCUGAACUAUCAAAGAGCGAUUUGCAAACAUAUCAAUUUGGUGGGAAGCCGAAUAAUUCCCAGCGAGCCAAGACUCAUGAUGGCCAACUGAAUGCAGAUUUGGUGCAACUAGUUGCUCACGUAUUGUCUCUUAAUCCCCAGGAAAUUUUGGGGGAUGAUGAUUUCUUCCACUUAGGAGGGGAUUCAGUCUCAGCUAUUAUGCUAGCAACCCAAAGUCAAAGGGUUCCUGGACUGAGCCUGACAGUAACCGACAUUUUUCAAAACCCCACUAUUUCUCAGCUAUCCCAGCAUGCCCAAAUGGAGAGGCCUCUUUCUUCGACUACCAGCAUAUGCCCCAGUGUUCUGCCAUUCUCCAUGCUAGAAUUGGCAGAGCUGGAUGAGGUGAAGGAAAUUGCAGUUGGACAGUGUGGGGUUUUCCCUUGUCAAAUCGAGGAUAUCUAUCCAACUUCUCCUCUUCAGGAGCGUUUUAUGGCCAGAACGGCUCGGCAUGCUGGUGCGUUCCAAGCUCAAUUUACUUUUCGUAUGCCUAGGACCGUUGAUUGGGAUCGAUUACGGCGUGCUUGGAACACGGUCGUGGAUUCUCAUUCAAUUCUGCGCACUCGUAUCAUUAAUGCAGGCUCAGUAAAAUCUACUUAUAACACCUUUCAAGUAGUCAUUCGUGGCCAGAAGAUGGAAUGGUUGGAUACAGAACUAAAGGACUGUCAGACUGAUGGAAACCAACAGAAAAAUAUGUCUUUUGGCACGGCUUUGAUAUACCUAGUAGCACUUCGGGAUGCUUCUAGCCCGUCGCUCAAAUUAAUAAUGCACCACGCGCUGUUUGAUUGGUGGUCGUAUAACCAGAUCCUGGAAGCCGUACAGAUAGCCUAUGAAGGGAGACCGAUUGACCAACGCCAUUUUUCUCCCUUCAUCAAAUACAUUCACGACACUAACAAGUCAGACGCCAGAACUUUCUGGAAGAAGAAAUAUAUUGGCUUGCAAACCCCGCCUUUCCUUGCUUACAGGUCCACAAGCCCCUCUUCUCGAGCGGUUCAGUGGACACGCAAAGAGUUCCAUAUCCGGCUGUAUAAUCAAAGGGGAGUCACGAUAUCGGCGAUGAUCCGAUUAGCAUGGGCAAUGAUCGUGGCUCAACAGACAGGUGCGCUUGAUGUGGUAUUUGGCGUUACGGUCAUGGGUCGCAGCACCCAAGGAGCCGCUGAUAUAACAGGACCCACUAUCGCGACAUACCCUCUCCGAAUAACGCUUCAGCAAGAUAUGAAUGUUAGCGAGACACUUCAGCUAAUACAGAAAGAUAAUGUUGAAUUAAUACCGUUCGAACAGACGGGACUACAUGAGAUUCAGAAGGCAAGUGCCGAAGCUGCAAUGGCCUGCGAGUUUCAAAGCUUGUUGGUUGUGCAGCCACUGUCAGAUAACGAUGCGGCAAUGACGCGUUCAUCGCCAACGCUGUGGGAAUUAGAGGAAGCCAGUUCUUGGAAACGACAAUCCUAUACAAAUUUCAGUACCCAGGUCUUGAAUAUCAUAUGUGAGCCUGAAACAGACAGACUCACGGUGAAUGCAUUUUUUGAUGACACCAUUCUCUCUUUGCAACAAGUUGAGCUCAUGCUACAGAGUAUGGAGAGUAUACUUGGUGCCAUCUUGAAUACAACAAACGCGAAAAUAGGAGAUAUGGUAUUCAAGAAUUCCGAGCUUGGAAAUAUCAAUGCAUUUAAAACAAGUGCCUCCCUCCCAAAAAUGGAGGAAACAGCCUGUGGGUACCUAGGAGAUGGGUCUCAGGUGCGUGCUGAGUGGAUCAUUCCGAAGGGGGCGCGGGUUGCCGAUUUGGUCUUAUUUGUAGGUGUCCGUGACGUAAAUACGACUUUAGAGAACCCAUUAAUCCUCAAAAAGGUGGACAAACAGACUAAAAGCUGCCUGUCCAAGCUUUUACUGCGAAUGCAAAACACCUCCCCAGGCACGCUUGUGCCUCGUUGUUGCAUUCCGAUCCGGCUCCAAGAUGAGCCAUUAAACUCGGAUGAGCUGCUGACACAAUUGCGGGAGGCAGCAUCGAAAUUAACGUGGGCUUCUCUCAGAUCAUGGGAGAGUGAAAGAGCGAGCACCUGUCAAGACCCAUCACCAAUCGAGAUACGACUAAAGCGUGCUUUGGCGGCAGCCUUACGAUUAGAUCCAGACGACAUUGACCUAGAUGAUGAUUUUGUUUCCCUUGGAUGCGACUCGCUAAUAGCAAUGCAAUUCGCGUCAAAAUGUAACCGCGACAAUAUGAUGGUUACAGUAUCCGAUAUCUUCGAGAGAAAAUCCAUCGUUAGCCUCGCAUCAAAAGUCGAAAUGGCCUCGAAGAAAUGGUCGAAAACGUCGGACCAUUUCUCAAUAGUCCGGUCAAUAUACGGAGAUCUUCAAGAGUUUGAACAAGACAUGGUAGGGCUAAGCAGAUUGUCAAAAAUUGCACAGGUAGUUGAUGCUUUCCCUUGUACAUCGACCCACCUCGGACUUCUACCUCGUGAUCCGUUUCUCCAGGCUCAUACAAUCUGGGAGUUGUCCGCAUCGGAUCGCAUAAUCAAUCCGUUUCAGCUUGCUGGAGCCUGGCGCAAAGUGGUAGAUCGUCAUGCGGCACUCAGGACGGUUUUGCUUGAGAGCCAAUCUCGUCCAUCUCAACUGUUUCAGGUAGUGCUGGAUUCCAGUUCCACGGACACAGAAGUUGUUACUGGUGUGGAAGACAUUGAUAUCCUGCCUAUGGUUCGAAAGCCAUUUUUGUCUCGCUGCGGUAGAAAUGAGUUGCCAUACAAAUUCACCAUAUACCAGACCUGCAAAGGCCGUGUAUUUGCCAAGCUCGAGGGAAGGCACGCUUUCCUAGAUGCCGUAUCAGUUUUGAUUCUGCUACAAGAACUCGAAUCUUUUUAUCAAGGCAAUGUUUCCUCUCCCAUUGAGCCUCUCUAUCAGCUCUGGGCGUUAUACAUAGAGCAAUGGAGCGAAGAUCCUUCUCAUAUGCAAUUCUGGCAGGGAUAUCUUGCAGAUAUCAGGCCAUGUAUUGUCGCAGGAAGAAGUCAAGAGGACGCAACGAACGCCAGUUGUAACUCGAGAAUUAAAGAACUUCGAACGCACAGUACGACUCUCAUGCCCACCAGAGAAUUGCGAAGAUAUUGUGAUAGGCUUGGCUUUAGUGUCACCAACGUUUUCCAAGUGGCAUGGGCGCGGGUGCUUCAAAAGUACACGGGUCUUAAUGACAUCUGCUUUGGUACAUUAGUCUCGGGGAGAGACGCACCCGUUCACAAUGUGAAUGAUAUAGUCGGAUCUCUCUUUAAUGUUCUUGUAUGCCGAUUACUGAUGCCCGCACAUGAAUCCCAUGGUGACACUCUCAAAAAGAAUGAACUAGCGAUUCAGGCGAGAUUAUCUCACCAACACUGCUCUCUGAAAGAUGUGACGCGGGCAUGUUCCGGCAGCGAUAGCCCUUUAUUCAACACUUGUCUUUCAGUGGAGCAACCACUGUCUAGUGAAGGGGAGGUUUGCUUUAGAGAGGUUGAAACCCAUGAAGAGACUGAGUAUGAUUUAAUUGCGAUCGUUUCGGUAUCUUCUGAUAUUAUCAAAGUGCAAAUAGUAUAUUGGUCCACAUUUAUUGAGGAUACAGAAGUGUCUGCAGUUGGUGAUGCUCUCAAAAAAUCGGUUGAAAGCAUUAUAUCAUGGGAGAUGGUGGAAGCUGAAGGGUAG